AUGACUUUCUCCAAAUCGGAUCCUCCGCAAGAAUGGGAACUCGCGCAAUCCCCGACGGCUCCCACGCUCUCCAAAUCGCUCUCCAAAUCGCAUCCUCCGCCACAGUCGAUGGAUCUCUCUGACACGACAAUCCUCUGCAAUACGGAUGGUGCCUGGAAAGCUGACUCUGUGGUUGCAGGAUCAGGAUGGGUCUUCAGAGACAAACACCAAGAGGUAGGGAGAGGAGGAAGAUCUCACCAUCACGUUGCAUCACCACUUCUUGCAGAAGCUCUAGCCAUUAGAGAUGCUCUACUUCACGCCUUCUCACUCGGCUUCACCUCGAUCUGGCUCCGUUCAGAUGCUCAAGCGCUCGUUACGGCGAUCACCACGAAGCGAAGACCGACAGAACUCUACGGAGUGUUGUCGGACAUCGAUUCGAUCUCUUCUCUGUUUUCAGUCUGUCGCUUUUCAUUUUGCCCUCGGGCCUCUAAUGGGCUAGCGGACACAUUAGCAAAAGCCCACCUUUGUAUUGCCCCCUUGGGCCAACUCGUUUAG